AUGCCGCCGCCGCCGCCGCUGAAGAACUCCCGUAUCAACCUCAGAGAUUUGCAGUCGCAGAUGGCUGCGAAGAUCGGCCCCGAGAGAGCCCAGCGCUAUUUCAGUCAUCUGAGCAGGUUCCUGGUCCAGAAGCUGAGAAAAGCUGAAUUCGACGCGGUCUGCCUGGAGAUUUUAGGCUUCGAGAAUGUCGCCCUGCACAACCGGUUCCUCCGCUCGAUCCUCUGGAAUGCGUCUCAGGCCAAGCUCCUUUCUCCGUCCCCCCAUGGCCGGGACUCCCCGAAGCUGAACAAAGCAGCCGUGAAGAAAUCCCCUUCAGCCAGCGACUUCCUCCAUCACUCCCCCUUUCCAGCCUCAGCGAAUGGGGAUUUCAUGCCUUCGUCACCUCGCAGGAGCAGGUCAACGAUCUACAGACCGAAGGAUCAUCAGCCCAGCCACCUGAGGCUGAACGGGAAGGUCAACGUCGCCGCCGCUGCCGCAGUGGAACGAGGCGGCGCAGAGGCGUCUGCGAAGAAGCAGCAGGUUGAGAAGCCAUCAUCGCAUGAUCCCCCAGAAGCCGCCUUUCUCGAUGAUGCAGAAUCUGAUCGAGGUCCUAUAAUGGCGCCGCUGGGAAUCUCAUUCUUUCCGACCAGUCUCGGUGGAUCUCGCUCUACACCGACCUCCAUCACCGCCGGCGGAUUCUCCUCCGGCGAGCUCUGCGACACCGAAGCUCUGAGGAAUCGCAUGGAGCAGAUAUCUGCAGCUCGUGGUCUGGAGGGCGUCACCGUGGACUGCGCCAAUCUCUUGAACAACGGUCUGGACGCCUACCUGAAGCGGAUCAUCACCUCCUGCGUUGACCUGGUGGGAGCAAGAUCAGGGCAAGAACCAGUGAAUCCCAGGGCCUUCAAGAAGCAAUCUCAUGGAAAUAUGGUCAACGCCGUAUCUCCAGAAAAUGACCUACAUCUACUGAGUACUUCUGGAUCUUCCAAUACCCGUCGUCCGCUGUCGAUGCUGGAUCUCAGGGUUGCCUUGGAGAUGAACCCCCGGCAGCUAGGGGAAGAUUGGCCGUCGCUGCUCGAAAAGGCAUGCCUCCGCUCUUUCCAAGAGUAA